CUCUAUUUUAAAAAGACUAAUUAUGAAAUUUAUUGUUUUUGAAACAACAGAACACGUGGCCUCGCCGCCUCCUUGCCUUCCGGCCGGCGAGAGAGACGCCGGAGCCCUCCGCUUCAUCGAGGAAAUGACCAGGAAUGCCGACUCCGUGCAAGAGAAGGUUCUGGCGGAGAUUCUUUGCCGGAAUGGGGAGACGGAGUACCUCCGGCAGUUCAACCUGGAUGGGGCCAUCGACCGGAAAACGUUCAAGUCCAAAGUUCCGGUGGUGGGAUAUGAAGAACUACAACCUUACAUUCACCGUAUCGCCAAUGGGGAUUUCUCCCCCAUUCUCUCCUCCCACCCCAUCUCCGAGUUCCUCACUAGGUAAAAUGACAUACAUACCCUACUUUACACACUUUAUUAAUAUAUAUUAGUUCUAUUUUUCUCGUAAUAAUAAAUAGAUACUCCAUAGUCCAUACUAUAUUGUAAUAGAGUUAAUUGCUACUGCAAGUUAACAUUGGAGUUUUACGAAAUAUAAAUAGUUCAGGGACAUCGGCGGGAGAAAGGAAGCUGAUGCCAACCAUUGCUGAGGAAAUGGACCGCAGGCAGAUGUUAUACAACCUUCUCAUGCCCGUCAUGAAUCUGUAAUAUAAUUAAGUACCCACC